AUGGCGUUCACGGAUCUCGUCGAAACCCAACGCAAAUACUUCCGCAGCGGCGAGACGAAGCCGUUGCAGUUCCGCAAGCAACAGCUGCUCCGCCUCAAAAAGUUCAUCGAAGAGAAUCGAGAGGCGCUCGCAGAAUGUGUCUGGAAGGAUUUGAGAAGAGUAAGAGGCUCAUUUUAAAACUAAAAAUUUCAAGAAAUGAAUGAUUUCAGCGUCAUGAGUCCACAGAAAUUAUGGAAAUCGGAAUGGCCAUCCUGGAAAUCGACUAUUUCCUGGCGAAUCUCGAUGAUUGGGCAAAGCCGAUUCAUGUGGAGAAGACGUUCGCGACGGCGUUGGACAAGCCAGUCAUUGAGAAAGACCCGAAAGGAGUCGUUCUGAUAGUGUCCCCCUGGAACUACCCCGUAUCCAUGAUCCUCCUCCCCAUGAUCCCAGCUCUCGCCGCCGGAAACACUGUCGUUAUCAAGCCGUCCGAACUGUCGGAGAACACGGCCGCCACGUUCGAGAAACUUCUGCCCAAGUAUUUCGAUCCGAAGUACGUGGCAGUGGUGAACGGAGGCAUUCCGGAAACGACCGAUCUUCUCAAAGAGCGCUUUGAUCACAUUCUGUACACCGGAUGCCCGCCAGUCGCCAAAAUUAUCAUGACGGCAGCUGCGAAGCAUUUGACCCCGGUCACUCUUGAAUUGGGCGGAAAAUGGUAUCCGUUCUUAUCUUCUUCCCCUAAUGAAUUGAUUUGAUUUCAGCCCUGUCGUGGUGGAAGACGAUGCCGACAUCGACAUCACAGCCAAGCGAAUCGUGUGGGGAAAGUGGCUGAACUGCGGACAGACAUGCCUCGCACCGGACUACAUUCUAGUCAACAGCACGGUCAAGCCGAAGGUCGGUCGGCCACUUCAUUUCCAUUUCUAAUCGAUUAACGAUGAUGACGACGAUGACGGCACUUGUUUGUCAUACCGUCUGAUAAACCAAGGGCCGUCGAGUAUGAUAAGACUACACACUACGCUGUUUUCAGCUCGUCGCCGCAAUUCGCAAGUACAUUGGAGAAUUCUACGGGGAAGAUGUGAAGGGCAGCAAGGACUAUGCGAGAAUCAUCAACCAGAGACACUUUGAGUCCGUUUCAGAUUAACAGAAAUCAGUCCCAGAAGAACUAUGUCCGCCUUUUCAGUCGCAUCUCGAAGUUGCUGGAUGAGACGAAGGGGGCCACGCUGAUCGGCGGAGAACGGGAUCGUGCCGAUCUUUUUAUCCCUCCGACUGUGCUCGACAUCGAGAAGACCGAUCCGUUCAUGCACGAUGAGAUCUUCGGCCCCGUCCUCCCGAUCAUCACCGUCAAAUCGCUCUCCGAAUCGCUCGAGUUCAUUUCCGACGGGGAGAAGCCGUUGGCCGCGUACAUCUUCACGAGAAACGAAGCAAAAGUCAAGAGAUUGGUCAGCGAGACGAGCAGUGGCGGAGUGACUGUGAACGACGUGCUGAUGCACGUCUCAGUCGACACUCUUCCGUUCGGAGGAGUCGGCGUCUCCGGAAUGGGACGCUACCGCGGAAAGUUCGGAUUUGACACGUUCACCCACGAGAAGUCCGUCCUUCACAGAGGCUUCUUCGGAGAAUCUCUUCAGGCGUAAGAACACAUUUUAUCCAGAUCACUUUUUUGAAAGACGGGUUUCCAGUGCUCGUUACCCUCCUCUCAGCCAGCAGAAACUCGACCAGUUGCGCCGUCUGACUGGAAAGCGCAUCUCGCUCAAUCUGGUCAACGUGGCAACUUUGCCAGUUGUCAUUGCUUCUUUCGUGUUCGGAAUGCUCUUCCAGGUAAACAGAAAGUAAAAUCGAGCACAGCUUGCAUAACUAAAUUAUAACCCAGCACAAGCUUCCAGUAGACAGCACAGAACAUGCCCCAUUAUUUCAGAAGUGUACUACUAAAAGGCAGCAGGAUGAUUAGUGCAAAAAUACGUGAAUCCUCAGCCAAUCACUUGUUGCUUGUGCUUUUUCAACCCUAAAAGCCCACCUAAUAAACCUUUAACACUGACCAUUACACUGCUUUCGUUCAGAAUUCGCUUAUUUUGGCUGCUGUAUGCUAAUCUGCUAGCACAUAAACCCUGCUUGGAUGAUUUCUAACAGUUUCAAUCAGGUAAUAAACACGAUUUUUCAGUUUAUUUUCCGCUUCUCGGCGUAG